UGAACUUUCCAAAUUACAAACCUUCAGCGUCAGGCAUAGAGCGAUCUCCGGACGAGUUCAUGAUACUAGAAUGAGCCGAAAAGGAUUCUGCCUGGCAAAACCCGCAUAUCAGGAAUAGAAGUUUCUGUUCGAUCAGUCUAGAGUGACUCAACCUUCCAGACGUUUGAAUGCCCAAUAAGUUGCCUUGAUCAAACGAAGCGCUGGGGUUGGGGAGACACAGCUGUAUGGGCACAUGUCCUGAGCGUUUGUGUAUGAUUUCAGCAAGUCAACGAGCUCGUGCAGCAGAGAAAAGAGCUGAUGUAGCAGAGGCAAGUGCUGACACAGCAAUCCAAAAGGCCCACGCAGUCAUACAAAGUGCCGAAGAAGACAAGCGACGGGCUCAGGAAUAUGAGAAGAAAGCACGGAAAGAAUUGGAACAGUUAAGAGAGGAAUUGGAGGUAGAGAGGGAACGAUCGAGACGUACGACAUUUGGCGAACUCCUUCAGUACUGCCAUACCAUAUUUUCAGCACCCCUUGGAGUCGAAAAGCUCACUAGCUGCACAGAGGUAGAGACCCUGCAGUCCAAAGGAAAAUUUUGCCCCUUGAAGCUCGAGCUAUGGGAAAGCUGUGAUACCGAGCAAGAAAAGAUCUACCGGGCUGUUCGUAUGUGCCUUGAGCCGCCAGGGAGUGCUGCGUUCAGGCUCUUCACAUCUCGUCUUGGUUUGAAAAGCAUGGGCGAAUAUUUUGACAGGCCAAUAAGCAGUGAACGAGAUGUGGCAGCUCUUGGACAGUUUACCGUGGAGAGCCAAGUCCAGAAGAUUCUUGCGGAGUUCUGCAAUAUAGCGGCCGCAAGAGCUGAAUUUCGUUUGGGCAGUGGAGUUCGGUUCGACAGUCAUGCAAAUUGUCUUGAUGAUGUCGAAGCCGACAAACAGCAAGACCGGACAGCGGACGGAAAGGACGAGGAGUUAUCAAAUUGCCAGCAUCUGAGACCAGAACAAUAUUGCAUCUACCAAGUCGAUGGUGAAAAUAACAAGCUGAUAAUGACAGUUGGGUACAAGCCACCGCAUAUACUCCAUGUCGAAAAUAUCCGCUUGGGACUGCGUCCCAUGGAAUUCUGGAAGGAGAUACUGAAUGCUAAAACCAUUCCCAACGAUCUGGAAAAGAAGAUAGAGUAUGAUGCGGCUUUUCUAACCGGUUCCGCUAUUGUUCACGCGUAUCAUGUUAUGAUAAGGAAGGGACUUGAGUAUUCCUAUGUGAGCACUGGGCUAGCAUUGAUCAUGUUGCGAGUCCCCUACGACAGUCCGGGUACUCUGUACUACCGUCUCUUUGAGCCUAAUAGUGAAAUUACUCCACAAGAUGACAAAAGACUCACGGCUCCAUUAACAUCCGUGGCGCGUGUCUUGGGUUUGUGUCUAAUGAGCUGUAGCUCGACACUUCGUGAUCAGAAAUGGCGAGAUACGGCAAAAAGGGACCUGCCGAUUUGGCCAGCAAGCUUCAAUACCACGCCUUUCAGAGCCACGCAAACUGAGUUGAACGCAAGUCCGGCUGCUUUGCGGAAUUCUUACACCGCAACCGUCGAGGACACCUCCGCAGAAACCUCGACAACGUGCCAGCCAUCCCAAUUUUCUAUUAUGUCGCCGACAGAAGACUGCAGGAUGCCGACUCCGACACGUAUGCGGCGCCACCUAACCCCGGACGCAGAUACCAAUACAGGCCCCAUGAGACAAAAGCGUCGAAUCAGCGAGAAUGCUGAGCCAUCGGGGAUCCAAAAGAACCUUAAAACUAGGGAAAAUGACUCCCAAAAAGAUACAGCCCAAUUUUGUACCCAGCGUUGUUUUCUUGGUCUACAGUAUGGGAGAAGUCUGGACGAACAGUGUCCGAACGUGGCGCUGCACCGAUUAGGUACAAAUGGCGACCACCACCAGAUUCUUCCUGGAACGUUGGUCCGAAAAAUCGAGAAGCAGCUUAAUAAAGAAGUUGGUCAUGGGUGCACGUCCAUCAGUGGUUGCGCGUCAACCGGCCCACUAUUUAAAAUUACAUCUUCGACACCUGGGUAUACUAUGGUUGGCAAAGGAGCCUCAUGUGAUCUGUGGAAGGAAAAGGUCUCUCGUGAAGCAGACAUUUACCGCAUACUUCACCAAGCGCAGGGAUCUGCAGUUCCUGUUGUUCUUGGGACAGUGGAUCUGAAAAUGACUUACUUUUCGCAUGAAGCCGAUAUUAACCACAUGCUCCUCAUGGCUUGGGGAGGAGAGCAGAUCGAGAAUUGUGAGGACAAGUCCUUUAAACGCGAAGUCAAAAGAUCUGAAAAGGAGAUUCGCUCUCUUGGCGUCAUACAUCAUAAUAUCCAGCCCCAGAAUACGUUGUGGAACCCCGAGCUACGCCGGGCGUUGAUUAUUGACUUUGAUCGUUCGCAACUCGAUUCACUUCCAAUCGAUAAACGGCAAUUCUUGAUGGGAAAGAAAAUCCGCGACCCUUCCGGCCGAAAGCGACCAUCUUCAGUUCCACUCGAGUAAUAAGUUAUAUUUCAGCCUGAUUUCUC